UGUGUUAGUCUGUCAGUGUGUGAACUUCAACCAUCUGUGAAUUUGUGCUGCUGAUAAGGAUCUUGUAUUCACACUUAGGGGAUGUACAGGAAACUAACACACGAACGUUAUCAUUCUCUCUGUGUUAUUCCGUGACAGGGCACUGCUGACUCUCUCUAUUGAAGGAAAGUUGGUUUAUCAUUUUAUCAUCGCAACCAUAAAGACCUGGACAUAGAAGUUAGGACCCCUGAAAUACAACCUCUAUGAGCAACACAGAGACAACCAUGGCAGGUUACAGAGAAAACACAACCCCCGAUUAUGAUUAUGGAGUCGACUCUGCUCCUUGUGACCUUACUGAGUUGUGGGCUUUCGGGAAGGUGUUUCUGCCUACAAUCUACAGUUUGGUCUUCAUCCUUGGCUUUUUGGGUAACGGCCUGGUGGUGUGUGUCCUUGUGAAGCACCGCAACCAGACCAACCUGACAGACAUCUGUCUUUUCAACCUGGCUCUCUCUGACCUCCUCUUCGUCCUUACGCUGCCUUUUUACGCUCACUACUCCAGGGUUGGUCAGUGGACAUUUGGGAACUUCAUGUGUCGGCUUGCCUCCGGCUCCCAUAACACUGGCUUCUUCUGCAGCAUCUUCUUCAUGGUUGUCAUGACGAUAGACCGUUAUAUGAUGAUUUUACACGCUCACAAAGUGGCUAGAUAUCGUACUCUAAGGGCAGGCAUCGCGCUGAGCGUGGCUGUGUGGUUGGUGAGUUUGAGUGUUUCACUGCCUGUUUUUAUUUUCACACGAGUAAAUGAUUCACAAGUGUUGAGUUGUUACUACAACUCGCAGAGCGACACUUGGAGACAUUAUAACAUUUUCAUGGCCAACAUACUGGGUCUUUUGAUCCCCAUGUUGGUGAUGAUAGUUUGCUACUCCAGGAUUAUCCCCAUACUGAUGAACAUGAGGAGCAAGAAGAAGCACCGUGUGGUCAAGCUCAUCAUCGCCAUCGUGGUCACCUUCUUCAUUUUCUGGGCCCCGUAUAACAUUUCUCUAUUCCUGACCUUUAUGAAGUCCAAACUGCCUGGUGAUGUGUGCAAGCUGGAAGAAAAUUUAAGGCUAGCGGUAACAGUGACGGAGACAUUUGCUUACACCCACUGCUGCCUGAACCCCAUCAUUUACGCCUUUGCCGGGCAGAAGUUCAUGAAACGGGUCAUGCAGCUCUUGAGAAAAUGUGUGCCCUGGAUUCCCCUGUCCUCCACCAGGGAUUUUUCAGAUAGCUCAUUCAAGAAAAGCUCGGCCAUGUCAAGGUCAUCUGAGGUCACCUCCACUUUGACUUAGUAAAAGGGGGGUGGACCCAGUGGUUUAGUAGGGUCUGAAUAAGUAGGUAUACUCUUAAUUUUAAAUAAUAAACAGCCUCUGUUACUAACAGUGAUAUAAGACUCCUCUUGCAUAUUUAGUUAGUGCGUGCUAGCCAAUUAGAGACAGAGUAGAGGGGGUCAUCCCUUCACCAUCCUAGGAAUUGCAGCAUCCUACUGAAUAUGGUAAAUUAAUCAAUGGUGUGAAUCAGAGGACAUUUAGAAGUGGGUAUACCCUAUGGAGACUGAAAAAUAAGUGGGUUAUACUCCAUAUACCUGCGUAUACCCUGUACUACACCACUGGGUAGACUGAUGUAAAUUGUUUUAAAGACGCGGCCUACUGUUUGACAUGUUUGACUGGGUAGCUCAUCUUCUUGUAGCAUGAUUUGUUUUACUUUUCUUCUUCAUUUUCCAUCUUUAAUGCUACCUAUGUUAAAAACAAAAGAUACCCGUCUUCAGAUCUUCUUGAUUUAUUUUCACUUCUGAAUAUUUCAUUGAAAAGUGUGAUUUAAUGUGCAUCGCCAUAUAAUUUGUGUGUUUUUCUAAAUGCUAUAUUCCCCUCCUGGACCUGCUGAUAAUGGAGGAAAUAAAAAUGUCGACUGAA